UGAAUUGAACAGGACCAUUUGUUUCCUUGACUUUUAACAAGUAUUCUCCAGUCUUGUCCAAACCACGAGGACUCUGAGACUGAGGAGAAAUGUAGUGAAGCUGAGCUUGUACAGGCAUUUUACAAAUACCUUGAUAUUUGCUGUAGUAGCCUCUGUAGCAUUCAUGAUUUGGUCCAUCAAGCAGCAUACAUUUGCUGAGUGCUUGCAGGACUGGGCAGAGUUGUGGUUAGAUGACGCCUACUGGCACCUGUUGUUUUCUGUUAUUCUAAUGGUGAUAAUGGUACUUUGGAGACCCACUAUCAACAACCAGAGAUAUGCAUUCUCCCCACUGCUAGAUGCAGCAGACCAGGAAGCAGAGGAACCCAUGAUGAAUGAUGCUUUUGAGGGAAUGAAGAUGAGAGGAUUAAAAGCUGAAGGUCAAGUGAAGCCCAAGGAACCAGCCUCCAAAGUGGAGGACGAUCUGAAGUGGAUAGAAGAAAACAUUCCUGCAUCAGUAGCUGAUACUGCCCUCCCAAGCCUGUUGGAUUCAGAUGAAGAAAUCAUGACCACCAAGUUUGAGAUGUCCAAGAUGGAGUGAAAAUAUGGAUGAAUUUACACUUUAGUUUCUGAAGGGAUGAAGCACGAUUUGAUUAUUAAGGGUUGGGUUUCCUUUAUAUGGAAUUGUCAGUGAUGUCAUGCUCUUCAAGAUAUCUAUUUGGGAUGUCAUUCCUCUCCUUUCUGACUAGCUCACCUGUGCUAAAAUAUCUCUCAAGCAACUUACAGGGAAAAUUGAUGAGACAGCUAACAGUUUUAACUUGUUAAAAGCAAAAGUUGUUUCUUUAAGUUGUUAACUUUAAAAUGCGCAUUUCAGUAUUUAAAAAGAAAAAAAAAACGUACUUUUUAUUAACCGUGCCCAAUUGUUUGCACAUCAUAUAGAGUUAAAAGUGAAGCAUAAGUUGUUUAGUGUUUAAACCGUCUUGGCUUACAAUAACUUUAAAAGAUGACAAUACAAGGCCCUUUUCACAUUGUGCAGUUUAUUUAACUUCAUUGCAUUGUUUUGAGAGAUUGAUGACUCAAUAGCCUGGCUAUUAUGUAAGAGUCAUCUAAAUGGAGUUACUACCAUGGCCA